CUCCCCGAUAGUGAAAGGCAAGAGAAGGGGAGAGAGAGCAGGAUUCUGUCAUUCACUCUCAUAAAAGCCAAACAGACAGAAAGAUACCUGGAGCCCAACAGAUUAAGUUUUUUUCUGCGUGAGCCUCUCUUGCUACAGAGCUGACUAAGGCAUACGGCAGAUGGGAUUUACUUUGACUGCAGAGGCAGAAGACUCUUAAACUCACCUAGACAGCACACACAGAAACAUACACUAUACUGUACAUACACUCAUUUUUGAGCUGCUCACCUCCUCUCACACUUUUUAGAGGGUACUUAGCUGACAGUCUGGUACUCUGCUCUUUUGCCUGGUGGACAGCCAGUAGUUGGCGAGCCCGGCGAUGUCGUGGGACUGUGGCCUGAGGUACAUGUUCUCUGUGUCCCCUGCGCUGCAGCAGGGGAGCAUGUGCAUCCUGCAUGACAAGGAGGACCUGUCCAGACUGGAGAUGGUCCAGAGACUAGCCAAGGAUGGCUGCCGCUUCCUGCAGAACCACAGCAAGGGCCCAGAGAGGACAUGCGAGCCCCAGAGUGACGAGGCAGUCCGUGUGUGCCUGAGGGAGAGGGGCCACGAUGUGCUUGUUCUCCAGAGAGUGUCGUCAGAGCGGCCAGCCCUCUCUGCAUCAGCGAGGGGAGGAGGGAGGGAGGAGGCAAGGAACAGGAGGUACGUGGUAGUAUCAGGGACCCCGGAGAAGAUCCUGGAGCACUUGCUGAAUGACCUGACACUGGAAGAUGACCAGGGGACAACACAGGGCAAAGAGUCAGAUACCCUCCUGGAUGACUUUCUGCUGACCUACCCGGUGUUCAUGUCAACCAGUGAUUUAUGUCAAGCUCUGCUGGGGCACUAUUACACCAAGCGAUGCAGAGGGAAAGAGGACAGGAAGGAGGCGCUGGAGAGGAAACGAAAAGUCCUGCACCUGGUGUCGCAGUGGGUGUCUCUCUGCAAAGACUUCCUGAGAGAAGACGAGCAUGUCAAACUGUUCAUGAAGACUUUGUAUCGUUACGUGUUGGAUGAUCUGUACGAGCACCCGGGCCUGGAGACAGACGUGAGGGAGCUGCAGAAACUCUACCAGCUGCAUCGCAGGCAUACGGUGGAUGAAUAUUCCCCUCAAAGAAAGAGCAAAGCACUUUUCCACCAAUUGAGCCUGAAAGAGAACGGGCUCCAGUCCAGAGGCACACAGAGGGAGACCAAGGAAGUGCUGUGUCAUGUGUAUAUCACCAUGGACUCGUACCUAAGCAUGAGGGUCCAUGCUGGAGUAGUGGCCCAGGAACUGCUGCAGGCAGUGGCAGAAAGGAUGGAUGUCCCUCAGGGGGAACUAGUACUGGUGGCCGUGACUUAUCCUGGAGGGAGGCUCCUCCUGCAGCCCCAGGACAGAGUUUUCUCCGAUUCUUUACGGCCCGUGGGGAGGUUGCACAUGUGCAGGAAGGACCUGGGAGAAGUCCUGUACCCGUUCACAGACAACUCCGAGCUGCAACAGAGGACGGCUCGCAUGCUCAGUUUAAACACAUGGGAUGUGGCUGUUGCCCUCACCAACUUUGACUGGACCAUCUUUGACUCAAUACAUGAGCAAGAACUGGUCUACUUCACCUUCAGUCGCCAUGCAAGUAGUAACCACACUGUGGCAUUAGAGCUGCUGCUGCAGCGCUGCAAUGAAGUCCAGCUGUGGGUGAUGACAGAGGUGCUGCUGUGCCCGACGCUCUGCAAGAGGGUCCAGCUCAUCAAGAAGUUCAUCAAGAUCGCUGCCCACUGUAAAGCACAGAGGAACCUCAACUGCUUCUUUGCUAUUAUAAUGGGCCUCAACGUUGCAGCAGUCAGUCGCCUCAGUCAGACAUGGGAGAAAAUUCCUGGGAAAUUCAAAAAGCUGUUUUCAGAGCUGGAGACAGUUACAGAUCCCUCGCUGAACCAUAAGGCCUACAGGGACUCCUUCAAGAAGAUGAAGGCGCCAAAGAUCCCCUUUCUUCCUCUGCUACUGAAAGACAUCACAUUCAUUCACGAAGGCAACAAGACAUUUCAUGAUAACUUGGUCAAUUUUGAAAAGCUGCACAUGAUUGCAGAUGCAGUGCGGCUCAUCCGGCAGUGUCAGAAAGAUCACAUGGGGAAUGGCAUCACGCAAAAGAGCAGUUCCGAAGUGCGAGCCUACACUGAUUACCUUCAUAUCAUCGACAAUCAGCAGACUCUGUUUGAACUGUCGCACCGGCUGGAGCCUCGUAAUUAAGAGAGCAGCUCUAACUGUAACUCCCCCUAGCUCUUGUCAGCCAGACUGUUGGAUUGCCACGAAAACAAUCUGUCGCUGUCUCAUCUAUCUCUCAGGACUCAAGUCAAAGGAACACUGCGUGAUUCCUCGCUGAAGGAAGGACAGAGCUGCUCUAUCAGAAAAUGCUCGCCAGAGACAGGAAAAAGUCAGCAAAAGACACAUCUUAGGUUAGACUUAGGUUCACCCGUGCUGCCUGUUGGCAAGAGAAAGCACCACCAGCAGCAGGUUAGAGCUGCAGGUGUUGAUCAGUGUGUCUGAACUGCUGCUGCUUCUGCUAUUAUUUUCCUUUCCUACAGGUGGCAGAGGUUGGCAAGUAAAGAGCUGGUCUGAAAAUAUUCUAACAGCUCCCCCUUGUGGUGAAUCAGCAGCCUGCAAAAAAAGAGUUUGUAAGCAAAGUCCUUCCCAUCCAAUAAAAAGCUACAAAAAAUGAACAGGGAAACAAAGCGUUGAGAAUGGAAGAACAUUCUCAACCUGCAGAACAGUAUGCUUGACAAAAAGGUCCACUUACUUAUUUACUUUUCAUAGCUUUUAAUACCAAUCAUGUCACAUACAGUGAUUACAAUUAUAAGAUGCAGAUUGAUUCAUGUUAGAUCAUUUUGUAUUUGCAGACUGCGUGAAUGCAUUUGGGAACAGAGGGUUGUUUCAUAAGAUUUAACCAAAGAGUAUUUCAGUCCUAUACUGUGCACACACUUCUGUUUCCUCAGAGUUUGACAUGAUCCAUGCUCUCUCUUGCCUGAUGUUGGACAUGCAAUCAAUUCUGAGUCAGUACGAUAUAGCAAGCUGAUGUCUUGCUAAACUGAAUCAAGACUAUAGAAGCAGUGAAAAGGAUAGUUAAACCUGCAGUUAAAUAUCUAACAUUUUCAUAUAUUGUUUUCAUCAUCUAUUUUUACUUCUUCUCUUACUAUACAAUUCCCUGUUGUUUAAAGUGGAGUGUUUUAGAUGAGGCUUUAUACAAUUCAGAUGCUAUUAGUGCAGGGCUUUAGAAGAAGAUAUACAGAACACUGUAUUUCUCUGGUGUGUGUGAAAAGUGUGUGUCUUUGUGUAUGAGUUAUUAGCGCCAAAUACCAUAAAAAAAAUGCCUGUUCAAAUUAAUGCUAAUUGCUCAUCUUUUUAAAAGCAUUUGGUUUAAGUAUCUCCAUCUAGCUGAGCUGUGGACAAUCAGUGAAAUGAAACAGAAGAUGCAUCCUGUUAUGUCUCUGUAUUCGUCUUUAAAGUUCAGUGCAUUUUUUCCCUGUAUCAGUGGAUCAGUCAUCCAGAUAGCUUUGAUUUGUUCAGGUUUGGAAAUUGGCUUUAGCUUUAGGUUUGUGGGUCAAGGAGUUCCAGAAAUUAGCAUUUGAAAAACUCAGUAACAACAUGUCUCUCUGAAGAUGAUGACAAGGUGACUCACAGCAACCCACAAUAACCCUUCUGAACAGUUCCACUGAGAACUGCUUUCUGGUUUAACCAAGUGUUACUCAGCUUCAUCACUGAGCUGCAGCUGACCGCUUCUAUCCUCAGUAAAUGUAUAGAUAGAUACAAGAGGGGGAAAAAUAUUUCUAUUGUGAUUUUGGGGUGAACUGUCCUAUAAAUAAAGAGCAAUAGCAAAAUCAAAUACUGCAGCACCUUCUGGACAAACAUAUUGAGGAGGAAAAAUAGAAGCCGUUCACUUAUGAACAAUGUGUUGUAGCACCACUGUAUACAACUGUAAAGUGUGUACUCAUAGAAGAUACAGUAUUUAUUCUCCAAAUUGGUCAGCUGAAAAUGUUCACUGUCACCCUAAGGUUAGGCCAUUUUGAGUAGGUGUUGUGAGGUGUUGUAGGUGGAAUUUACAUUAUAUUAUUGAAAUUUUUAUUUGUAUAUUUUUAGAUUUUAAAGCCCACAGUGACCAUGGAGAUAACAUGCUUUAUCUAUCAUCAACAAUGUACAGUUGAUCCUAUUUAUACUGUACAUAUGUGUUGAAAUUCUGGAUACGGAUAUUUAUUUAUUUCAGAAUUAUUUAUUUGUUCUAUAGAUAUUACUUUAUUAAGUAAGUUUUAUCUUGUUUUUUUUUUUUUUCUUUUUGUACGCACUGUUUUGGUUGGUCUGCAUGAUAUGGCAAACCAUGGAUUUGACCACCAGUGUCAACUGUGCAUGCAAUAAAAUAUUUUUCAUCA